UAUCUAUUAACAAGUUUAACUAUGUCUUUAAAAAUGAAUUAUUUAUUAAUUUCCAUAGUAGUUUUAACAAUUUUUGUCACAUUGAUCCCUGCUGUAGUAAAUGAUACAAAAUCGACAGAUUCAAAUGAUGAAAAUCAUGAAACAUCGGAUGAAUAUGAUUCUGAUUUUGAUGAUGAGCUUGAGUAUAAUUAUAUGAAAAAAACUGACCAAACUAAUGAAGAGGACAUUAUGUCGGCUAGUCUAUUAUAUUUCAAGGAAAUUUUUGAGGACUAUCUUUUAUCUGGUAAGGAAUUACAUCUCAUAAAAAUACUCAAUUUACUAUCAUAG